AUGGCGGACGCGGCCGCGCUGAACCCUCUCGGGCAGCCGCGGCGCCUCGCGGAGCUGGCACCCGGAGCGAGGCAGUUCAAGGCCUAUAAGUCGCUCUUCGGCAAGCAGGAGUCAGGCCGAGUCGAGGAUCUGGCAUUCUCACCGGCAGACCCUCACCAGCUGGCUGUCUGCAGUGGCACAAAGGUUGGCAUCUGGCAGCCUGGGAAGAACGAGCCCCUUGAGAUCGGCUCAAGCCUGUCCAAGUUCAAGGACCUGGUGCAGUGCGUUGCGUGGCGCGACGACGGCAAGCUGGUUUUGGCGGGCGAGGCUAGCGGCAGCUGCGCGGUGGUCGAGCCCACCACCAAGCGCGUCCUGCGGCGCUUCUUCGGGCACGGCGAGGACGCGGUCUCGUGCGCGUCGUUUGCGGCUGCGGACAAGGGCAGCGCGGCCACCGGAGGCCGUGACGGGAAGCUGCGCAUCUGGGACGUGGCCGCCGGGGCGCUGGUCCGAACGGUCGACGCGCACUCGGACCGCGUCAAGAUCCUGCGGCCUGGCCCAGGGGGCUCGGAUGGCUGGAUCAGCGCGGGGUACGACGGCCACGUGCGCCUGUGGGACCUCCGAGCGGCGAGCGCCGAGGGCGGCAGCGUCGGCAGCGGGUGCGUGAUGGACUUCGACCACGGUCACGCGGUCGAGUCCGGCGCCGUGUUCCCUGGGGGCAUGCUCUUCGCGUCGGCGGGCGGCCCUGCGCUGAAGGUGUGGGACAUGCUCGCCGGGGGUGCCUCCCCUGUCAAGGCGUUGCCCGACGCGCACUCCAAGACCAUCAUGGGCGUGGAUCUGAACAACGAUGCGUCGGUGCUGUUAACUGCGUCCUUCGACGGCCUGGCGAAGGCCUACAUGGCCGCAGACUUGAGUCACCUCUGGACCUACAAGCUGAGUGGUCCAGCAACCUGCGUCUCGUGGCGCCCCGACGGCCUCGCCUUUGCCGUCGGCCUCGACGACGGGCGCUGGCAGCUGCGGCAGCGGCGCACCCCCGGCGACGCGCAGGUGGCCUCGCAGGCUAAGGCCGUCACGGUCCAGCCGGCGAAGCCGCGCGCCAAGAGGGUGGGCCACCUGCGCGGGCUCGACAGCACACCCGGCGAGGACGACGAGGUGAUAGACAUGGAGCGUCAGGUCAAGAGAAAGAAGGAGACUCAGCUCGACUUCCUCCUCCGCAAGUUCGACUACCGUAAGGCCAUUGAGUUCGUGGUGAUGCCCUCCACGUCGGCGGCCCUCGGCCUCGCCGCCGUCGAGGAACUCCUGCGGCGCGGGGCCCUCGGCUCGGCGCUGCACGAGCUCGGGGAGGACCUCUGCCUCGUGACGCUGCGGUGGCUCCUGAAGGCGCCGCCCUGCCUGGGCCGACGGGUGCGGGCCGGCCGGAUGGAGCCGCCCUCUGCGCGGCGGCGACGGCUGCGCCGCGCCGCCGCCGCCCGCGCCGCUCCAGCGCCGCCCCCUGGCUGGCCGCCCGCUGGUUGGGCCGCCGGCCCUGCUGCCGCCGGUGCCGCGGCCGCGAGCGCCGCCGUGGGCUCCGCUGCCGCCGUGGCCGCCUCUGACGCGGCUGCCGCCGCCGCGGCCCGCUGCUCGCUUGGCGCUGCGGCCGCCGUGGCCCGCGCGGCCGCCCUGGGGCCGGCCGCUACCCGCGCCGCUGCCGCGGCCGCUGGCGCUGCGGCCGCCGCUGCGGUCGCUCGCGCGGCGGCCGACGCCGCGGCCGCGGCGGCAGCUCGGCCUCCGGCGCCGCCGGCCCCCGCGGGCGCCGGGCCGCUUCUGGCGCCGGUGCCGUCGGCGCCGGCGGACCUGCUGGCGGCCGCCCUGGCGCUGGCCCCGGCCUUGGCUGGGGCUGGGUUGGCCGCCGUCUCCGCCGCCGCUGCUGCCGCUGCCGCUGCUGCUGCCGGCUCCUCGCCAGCGGCGACGGCGGCGGAGGGCGCGAUGGCCGGCGCGACCGCGGUGGCGCGCGGCCUGCCCCGCGGCCCGCCCUCCGGCGAGCCCGACGGCCAGCCCCGCGGCCAGCCCGACUGCCAUCCCCACGACCCGCCUGACGGCCAGCCCGUUUGCCCGCCCCGUGGCCAGCCCGACUGCCAGCCCCGCGACCGGCCCCGCAGCCAGCCGUUCUCUUAUCGAGCGCGUUCGGGGCGUCAUUCGCUCGUCCCCGGAUAG